GUCUAUCUGCCUGGAUCUCAUUCCCUCUGCAGAGUCUCUUCUCAUCUCACACCACCUCUGUGCCCUAGACUCCCUCCGCGAUCAUGUCUGUCAGAGCUGUGAAGACCACCACCCUCUCCAGUGUGUCAUCCUCCAGGGGCCCCAGCCAGGGCUACAGCAGUCGCUCCUUCUCCGGCUACGGAGGCCAUGGCAUGGGGAGUUCCAGACAGAGCUACGCCGUCCGGAGCUCCUAUGGAGGCGUGGGCAGCUGUGGUGCAGGUGUGGCUGCUGGGGGGUUCAGGGGGUUUGCAGCUGGAGGCUCUGGACAAAGAGGAGGUGGAGUGGAGUUUGGCUAUCUCGGCUUUGGAGGAGGUAUGGGAGCUGGCAUGGCAGGUGAAAUGGUGGCCCCCAUCACGGCGGUGACUGUGAACAAGAGCCUACUGGCUCCCUUAAACCUGGAGAUCGAUCCCAACAUCCAAGUAAUCCGCACCCAGGAGAAGGAGCAGAUCAAGACCCUGAACAAUCGCUUUGCAUCCUUCAUCGACAAGGUCCGCUUCCUUGAACAGCAAAAUAAAAUGCUUGAGACCAAGUGGAAGCUUCUGCAGGAACACACCACAUCUCACUCCAACAUCGAUAGCAUGUUCGAGGCCUACAUUGCCAACCUCCGUAAACAGCUGGACAACUUGGGACAUGAAAAAUUCAAACUGGAAUCAGACCUGAAUCACAUGACAGGCCUGGUGGAGGACUUCAAAAACAAGUAUGAGGAAGAGAUCAACAAGCGUAAUGAGUGUGAGAACAACUUUGUCCUUUUAAAGAAGGACACAGACGCAGCCUAUACGGUGAAAGUGGAGCUGGAGGCCAAACUGGACGCGCUCUCUGAUGAGAUUGACUUCCUCAGGCAGAUCUAUGAUGCAGAAAUCAAUGAGCUGCAGAGCCAGAUCAAGGACAUUUCUGUGGUGGUGGAGAUGGACAACAGCCGUAAUCUUGACAUGGACGCCAUCAUCGCUGAAGUGCGUGCGCAGUACGAAGAGAUUGCCAACAAGAGCAGAGCAGAGGCUGAGCUGUGGUACCAGAACAAGUAUGCAGAAAUGCAGCAGUGUGCAGGAAGAUAUGGUGACGACCUGAAGUCAACCAAGGCUGAGAUCGCUGACAUGAACCGCAGGAUAAUGAGACUCCAGUCCGAAAUUGACAUGGUUAAAGCACAGCGUAAUAGUUUGGAAGGUCAGAUUGCAGAGGCAGAAGAGCGAGGCGAACUGGCAAUCAAGGAUGCUAAGCUCCGCGUCAGAGACCUGGAGGAGGCGCUCCAGAGAGCCAAACAGGAUAUGGCCCUGCAAGUCCGCCAGUACCAGGAACUGAUGAAUGUCAAGUUGGCUCUGGACAUUGAAAUUGCCACUUAUAAGAAAUUGCUUGAAGGAGAGGAGAUCAGGUUGGCAACAGGAAUCAAGACAAAUGUGACUAAGCAGAGCUGCAUGAAUUACAAUGCCUACAGCAUGGAGAGUUCUCGCAUCCCGUCCUACGUCAGCUCUUCCUAUGAUGGAAUGAAGUCUGUCGGGGGAUCAGUCUCUGCCCUUGAAGGUGGGGUGGUCAAGAGCACAACAGUAACAAAGACCGAGGCAACAAAGACCGAGGCGGUGUCGAUCAAGGCCGAAGAGAAAGAAGAGGACAAGGAAGAGAAAGAGGAACAGCAGGAUCAGGAUCCUGAGGAGAAGAAGGAGGAGCAGGCGGAGGCUGAACCCGUGGCUCAAGAGUAAUGUUGUCUUAAAGCGUUUUAGUUUCAAGCUUGUAGGUUAAGAAAAAUUCCACCCUCUCGACAUUUGUUUUCACUUCAUUAAUGUCCCCCAAAAUAAAUUGAAUCUUUCAGCUGAAACUGGUGUAGACACACCUUCUUUCCUGACAUCUCUGAUGGAGUUGUGCUAUGACUGAGAUUUUGUUAAAACUCCUUUGGUUGAAUAAAUUCAUAACUGUCAACAACAGUA